AUGGGUGGCUACGGCAAAGCAAGCGGGAAGGGUGGCAAGGGCAUGAAGGGCAUGAAGGGUGGCAAGGGAAAAGGAAAGGCACCAAUCGAUGAUUGGGAAGACUUCCCCCCUAUGCCGAAGGGCAAAGGCAAGGGAAAGGGAAAGAUGGAACCCAAGGGAAAAGGGAAAGGCUCCAUGAAGGGAAAGGGCAAGGGAAAGCCGUCCUGGGACGACUAUGACUACGAGCCCCCAAUGAUGAGCAAAUCGAAGGGCAAGGGCAAGGCCUACGAUUACGACGAGUACUGGCCAGCACCUGCUCCGGCCAAGGGCAAAGGAAAGGGAAAAGGAAAAGGCUGGUCCGACUACCCAGAGCCCAAGGGCAAGGGUAAGGGCAAGGCCAAGGGAAAAGACAUGGACAUGAAAGGAAAAGGCAAAGGCAAAGGCAAAGGAAAGCCCAUGAUGUAUGAGUAUGAGGAGGAUUACAUGCCCAUGAAAGGAAAGGGCAAGGGUAAAGGAAAGGCCAAAGGCAAAGGCAAGAUGGCCAUGGACAUGGAGCCGCCUAGCAAAGGAAAGGCAAAGGGCAAGGGCAAGAAGGGCAAGGCCCCGCCAACGGAAGAGCCCAAGAAGGGCAAAGGCAAAGCCAAGGGCAAAGGAAAAGAACCCCCAAAAGGAAAAGGAAAGGGAAAGGGCAAGGGAAAGGGCAAGGGCAAGCGUUGA